AUGUGUGGUGUGAGGAGCAAUGCCAAGGACAGGAAAUGGCUCCAGAUUUUGGUGGAGGCAGUGUCCUACACCCUGAGGAUUGAGGGGAAGCCUUACACCAUCCACCUGCAGCAGCAUGCCUUUCUAUCUGAUGAUUUCCAGACUUACGUGGCCAGUGAGCAGGGAUCUUUGCACGCUGAUUCUGCCCACUCUGAGGGAGGCUGCCACUACCGGGGCUACAUCGAUGGCUUCCCCAGCUCAGCAGUGACCCUCAACACCUGCUCAGGGCUCAGGGGUUUGCUGCAGUUUGAGAACGUGAGCUACAGCAUCCAGCCCCUGGGCUACUCCCCUGCCUUCCAGCACGUGCUGUACCGAGUGGGUGAGGAGCAGAUGGCAGCAGCCCCCCCUGCCCAGAGCCCCCCUGAGGCAGGGCAGGGUGGGCUGGCAGCCUGGGACAGGCUGGACAAGGCCCCUGAGGAUGAUGAUGAUGAUGAGCCCCUCUCGGCCGCUGCACAAGCUCCCAAAUUCCUCACAGUGUACGUGGUUUUGGACAAGGCUUUGUACAACUAUAUGGGAUCAGACCCGAAUGCUGCGACACAGAACGUAAUCCAGGCCUUCAGCUUAAUCAACCAUAUGUUUAAUCCUCUUAAUAUCACUAUUGUACUGUCCUCCCUGGAGCUGUGGGCAGAGGGGGAUAAAAUAUCAACAUCAGGGGACACAGAUGACAUUCUACAGCGAUUUUUACAGUGGAAACAGUUGUCCCUGGAGCCACAGGCACACAACAUUGCUUCUCUCUUGGGGUACAGGCACCAAGGAUCCCUCGUGGGGGCAGCAGCUCCAGGAAAGGCAUGUCAGAGAGGUGCUGCUGCCACCGUGGCCCUGGUAUGGUCCCCCCCUGUCCUGUGCCUGUCCCUCAGCAGCCCCCAGGGCUGUGAGCAGCACGAGCAGGGGUGGAUGGAACACAUGGGAGGAUCUGUGUCUCUGCAAGGAGUGCUCAGCUCUGGCAGCUCCCUUUUCUCCUCCCUCCAGUACCAUGGGAACGUGACCCUGGAGUCCUUCUCCGUGCUGCUGGCACAGGUGCUGGGCCACAGCCUGGGCAUGAGCCCCGACGACCCCCGAGGCUGCAGCUGCCCUGGACGGGUGUGCACCAUGAGCCCUGAGGCGCUAUAUUUCAGCGGGUCAAAAGCCUUCAGCAACUGCAGCAUCAGGGACUUUGAGUCGUUCCUGAAGCAGGGCAGAGGGGAUUGCCUUUUCAGCAGCCCCCGGCUGAGCCGCCAGUCCCGGCAGAGCGGCGCCGUGUGCGGCAACGGCGUGGUGGAGCCGGGCGAGCAGUGCGACUGUGGCACGGCACAGGUGGGCACAGCCACGGUGGGCACAGCCACGCCACAGGAAUGCCUGAAGGACAGGUGUUGCACUCCAAACUGUAGACUGAAGCCGAGAGCAAAAUGUGCCUCUGGAUUAUGUUGUAGAAACUGUCAGUUCAAGUGGAGGAACACGCUGUGCCGCCCGGCCGCCGAUGCCCAGUGCGACCUGCCCGAGUUCUGCAGCGGCUCCUCGGCCUCCUGCCCGCCCGACGUGUACGUGCAGGACGGGCAGGAGUGCUGGCGUGGCACCGGCUACUGCUACCGGGGACGCUGCCAGUCGCCAGACCUGCAGUGCAGGAGGAUCUACGGGACAGACUCCAAGAACGCUCCUGUGAUGUGCUACGAGGAGAUUAACGGGCAGCGGGACAGGUUCGGGCACUGCGGGUUCGAGCGAAACCACAAGUACCGGCGCUGUGUGUGGAGGGAUCUCAGGUGUGGGAAGUUAGUCUGCACAUACCCAUCCCACAAGCCCUUCUUAGCACCUGCCACUGCCGUGAUGUACGCCCGGGUGAAGCAUCAUAUCUGUGUGACUCUGAACUACCUGAACGUGUCCACAUGGCUGGAUCCCCUUCUGGUCACUCCAGGGACAAAGUGUGGCUCUGGAAGGGUGUGUAUGAACGGCACGUGCCACCCAGUGUCGGUGCUGGGACCGAUCUGUGACAGCAACACAAAGUGCCACGGCCACGGGGUGUGCAACAACAAGGGCAACUGCCACUGCAACAUGGGCUGGCAGCCCCCCGACUGCCAGUGGAGGGGGUCCCGCCGGGGGGGCAGCAUGGACAGCGGGCUGCAGUUCACAGAGGGAGGCCUGCAUCGAUCACUGGAUGACGGUGACAUGGCCUGGCUGGUGCUGGGCUCCUGCCUCAUCCUGCUGUUGCUGACGGGGGCCCUGGGGCUCGGCCUGUGGCGGCAGCAGAUGCCCGACCAGCGCCACAGGGAGUGGGCACCGGGCACCCAGGGCACCAGCCGGGACACGGGCAGCGAGCUGCAGCCAGACCUGGAGCGAAAUCUGGAGCCAGAGCAGGAGCUAAAACGGGAACCAGGCCUGGAGCUAAAACAGGAGCAAGGCCUGGAGCUAAAACGGGAACCAGGCCUGGAGCUAAAACGGGAACCAGGCUUGGAGCUACAUCAGGAGCCAGACCUGGAGGUAAAACCGGACCCACACCUGGAGCUAAAAUGGAAGCCAGGCCUGAAGCUAAAUCAGGAGCCAGGCCUGAAGCUACAUCUGGAGCCAGACCUGGAGCUAAAAUGGGAGCCAGACCUGGAGCUACAGGACCCAGAGCUGGCCCCGGAGCUGCAGACAGACACAGAGCUAGAGCCAGAGCUGGAGAUGAAGACAAACACGGACCCACCAGCAGAGCCAGGGCUGGGGCAGCACCACGGGCACUAAUUAAAGGUGUUGGGCAAAGCUGGUGUCAUGGCCAGUGCCCUGUGGUUUUCUGCUUAUGUAGUUUGUUUUUUAUCAGAGUUAACCCUGCUCUCGGGGCCUGGAGGCCACAGCUGCUGAGAUUGUCCCCUUUUCUCUGUGGGCACACGAUGGUGGUUGGGAUUUGCCCGUCUGUGAGGGCUGUGAAGCUGCCUGAUGCUGGGGGCUGUUCAGCAGCGCUGGCUCGGGCCCUGGGGCUGCCUCUGAAGUGGAGCUCUCCUGUGUGAAUGUGAAUGUGUGUGGCUCAUGGUCCCCCCUCCUCAGAGCUGGGGACCAGAGAACGCCUCGUGUGUUGGCCCUGGUGCUGACUGUGAGUGAAGGCAACACCUCUGUUUUAUAUGUGAAAUAUAUGUUACCCGCAGUGCCCUCAGACCUCACCCCAUGGGGAUGUCAGUCCUGCUGUUUGUAUCCCUGGGUUUGUACCCCUGCACCCCACAGGGAUGUCAGUCCUGUUGUACCCUGGCCCUUCCCUUCCCCUGCACUCCCAGUGCCCCCAGCCCCAGCCCCUGCCUGCACAGGCAGCACUCUCAGGGCUGAUUUUCCCCCAGAAAGCUGCUGUUUGGGCAGGCCCUGCUCAGAGCAUCCUGCUGGGACCCCACUGGCAGCCCCAGUGGCCCCAGCAGCAUGGGGAAAGCAGCAGCAUCCACUGUGCGUGUGCAUCUGUGGCCAGGGGCCAGCAUCCACCACCCCCAGGCUGGGAGGGGAUCCCCGGGCACAGGAGCAGUGUCCCUGAGCUGCUGCCCCAAGCCACCUCCUGUCAGAACCCAGGAAAUUCCUCUGGCUGCCCUGGAGGACUUGAGACCCUGCCCGGGGGGCUCAGAGACCCUGGCACAGAGCCCAAGACCCCUGUGCCUUUGAUCUUGACCCAUGGAAAAAACAAUUAUCAACAUUUAUAUGAAGAAUUACAAGUCAAGAGAGUUUAGGUACAAUAAUAGUUUGUAACAGGGUGAAAAACAGAUUUUUGGGGUUUUUAGAAUGGGGGUUCAGGGGGUAAGAUGGAGGAAUCUGGGUGUGUCCAGCCUUUCUCCUUCUUCUUCUUCUUGGCCUUCAUCUUCUGCUGUGAUGUUGGCACUUUUGGAUUGGUUUAGAGUAGAAACUCACUGUCUAACAUAGGUGAUAGGUAUUGGGAAGUUAUUGUAAAUAAAGUACAGGUAGUUUUUAGUAUAAAAAGAUACCACCUCAACGUGGUCUGUGUGCCACAACCUGACUUGCCAGACAGAUCUCAGCAGGUAAGAGAAAAAAUGUUAUGCAUAAGAAAUAAUAAAUAAACACGAGAAUGAGAACAGA